AUGUCCAGAUUGACGAACAACAUCCCGCAUGGUGCAUCUGAAGCACCAGACGAUGCUCAUCCACAUUCAGCCCUACCCAAGGUCGCGCUCAACCUCGGCCACCUCCCCAGAAAAUCAAAUCCUGUUGCACGUUCGCCAGCUCCGCAUAGGAUCGAUCCAAACAACCCACCCUGGCCAGCGUACCGCGGCUACCACCGAUACUCCUUCGCCCAUGCUACCAUGCAGUCCAGACUGCCCACCAUCCUGGGCAAAGCCAUCGACGACGCGACACGCACUCUGAACGAACAAUCCUCGGAGGAUCUCAUCGUCGACCUCUUGGAGUGCAUCAAGCGUAUGGAUGGCCUAAUGAUUGAUCUUAGUGGUAAUGCCAAGUUACGCCCUAUCAUCGAUGACGGAGAAGCCGAUGUUGCGCUGUGGAACAAGGAGAUUGCGAAGUACUUCCAAGGAAACGACUUCAUGAACGCCCCUUGGCUCUUCGCUGAGGCCUAUAAGUACCGCAGACUCCACGAGUGCUUCAGUACCAGCAAGUACUGGCAAGAAUACGACGUCUUCUAUCGACAAAAGAGUGACACUUUUGCCAGAUCGGCUGACGCAGUCUUUGAGCUCUCGAUGCGCUUUGCCGAGCCAUUCCAGCUUCCGAAGGACGCAACUCCGGAGGAAAAUCUUGAAACAGAGCGUCUGAUGUUCUUGGAAUUAACUCAAGUGUGCCUCUGGGGUAACUCAACGGACCUGUCGCUUCUCAUUAACAUGUCGGAAGAACAGAUCAAGGCUCUUCAGGCUACGGCAGGGGCACAUCUCGCUUCGACUGAGGGCAAUAUCUUGGGCAACCACAUGCAUCGGCUCUGGGAAAUCAUGGUGGAGACGAGGGAGAAGACUGGGGGUCGUGUGGACUUUGUUCUCGAUAAUGCCGGAUUCGAGCUAUACUGCGAUUGCGUCUACGCCGAUUUUCUGCUUCAAAGUGGACUCGCCAGCAAGAUCCACUUCCACGGAAAGAGGUUCUCGUGGUUCGUGUCGGACGUGACCCACAGGGACUGGGAGUGGCUCCUCAACGUGAUGGUAUACGGUAAUCUCUUCCCUAACGCCACGGAAGCGGAGAUGGAGUCUUUGAGGCGCCUUGGAAGACGAUGGAAGCAAUACGAAAAGGAAGGGAAAUGGGUUUAUGAGCAGCAUCCCUUCUGGUGCACUGGAUACACGUUCUGGGACCUCCACUCUGAAGCACCGGACCUCUUCCUCCACCUCUCCAAAUCCGACUUGGUUAUUUUCAAGGGAGACCUGAAUCAUCGGAAAUUGACUUACGACUGCGCAGCGCCUGCGAGUACUCCAUUCGAACAGGCUAUCGGACCGAUGGCUAGUGCUGCGGGUGCACCAAGGGUGGUGAGUAUGAGGACUAUCAAGAGCGAUGUGGUGGUAGGUCUUGGUCCCAAAGGAGACGAGGUUGCGAAGAAGUUGGAUCGAGAGGAGCCUGGGUGGAAGAUCUCUGGAAAAUAUGCUGUCGUAUUGCUUUCCGAGGGUCGUCCGGGACAGGACGUGUCCUUUGUGCCCUCCCCAGAAAUUCAACCUUCGUAUUUCUAA